AUGUAUGAGCUGAGAUCAUGUGGCCCAGUGUUUCCCAGUGUGGCCCAGUGUGGCCCAGUGUGUCCCAGUGUGUCCCAGUGUGUCCCAGUGUGUCCCAGUGUGGCCCAGUGUGUCCCAGUGUGGCCCAGUGUGGCCCAGUGUGUCCCAGUGUGUCCCAGUGUGGCCCAGUGUGUCCCAGUGUGUCAAAGUGUGGCCCAGUGUGUCCCAGUGUGUCCCAGUGUGUCCCAGUAUGUCCCAGUGUGUCCCAGUAUGUCCCAGUGUGUCCCAGUGUGGCCCAGUGUUGCCCAGUGUGUCCCAGUGUGUCCCAGUAUGUCCCAGUGUGUCCCAGUGUGUCCCAGUGUGUCCCAGUGUGGCUCAGUGUGUACAGCUCAUAUCUGUUGA